AUGACCGGCCAGGCACCCCAGCCACUCCAGCCACCCCAGUACGUCGUGUGCCACGGCAACACUACGCGCAAGCUGCGCACCCUCGCAGACUGGGGCGAGUGGUACAUCGGCCUCGAGGCGCUCCUCCUCACCCUCAAUGCCCCCAACCACUUGUCUGCCCCCGAGCCGUACCGCGAGACCAACUACGACCGCCACAUCUGGUUCUACCAGCCACGAGGAGAAAAGUGUGGCGACCGUCCGCCGGAGGGCGACCAGAUCGCGAAGGGCUAUGGUCUUUGUGGGUCUCCACCUCGUGAACCGCCCGUCGUUGAUCGCGAGCGCUGGAUGGCCUGGGCAAGGAAGGAGCGUCUGGUGCGCGCGGCGCUGCUCACCACUGUCGACUCGGCGCUUCUCCUCAAGGCGGCCUACACCACCCUGUGGUCCUCGUACGACAUCGUCACAGCCGUAAGCGCCAUACUCUUCGGCCCAAGCUCCUAUGAGGCCCGUGUCGACAACCGUCGGCGCCUGCUACUCCUGCACCUCGACCACUUUCACCACAUCAAGAGGCACUUUCUCGAAUUCGAGGAGCUCGCCCCCAAGGCCGACAUCCUCCCCUGGGACAAGGUGGCCAUCUUCCGUCGCGGCCUGGUCGACUGCUCGAUUCGUGCCAAGAUUGACGAGCUGUGCGAGUCCACCCCUGGCGUCAGGCUCGACUGGGACAAGUUCGCCCGGAUGUACAAGGCCGCCACGCGCGCGAUUAUCAGCGAGGAAAUGGAUAUCAAGCCGGAGGACUGGACUGACGACUUCUUCGACGUCCCCGCGGACGACACGGCGAGCUGA